CAGAAAUACGCGCGACCAUAAUGCCUUUUCCCUGCACCUGAGCCUCGCUGCUCUGCGCGCACCAGCCUUCUCGCGUCCGCCUGACCCUCGCUGCACGCCAAAUGAGCCCGCGCCGCCCCGCCGUUUGCCUCCCACUCCCGAGCAUCCAUGACCGAACCUAUGCGCCUACGCCACCCUUAGAAGAUUCUGCCCCUGCCCUGCCUCGCACACCGUAGCCCGGGCGACACCCACCACUGCCGUACCCAAGCACGCGCUUUGCGACACCGAGACGCAUGUCUCCGCCGUCCGGAGAUGUCCCACGCACGCCCGACCGCCGCGCCUCCACCCAGGCUCUCUUCAAUGCCUUCCGCUCGCUCACGGGCGGCCGCGUGAAGAGCACAACCCCGCCUCCGUCCACGUCGUCUGUGACAGGCACCUCUGCGCGCAAUUCGUCCAUCACCUCCACCCGCACAGGCUCCAUCGCAAGUCCUCACUCAACCGACGCUACCCGCCAGCGCACAAGUUACGUCUCAGGGCUCAGGAGCGGGCAACCCAUAGUCGGCGGGCCCCCGGAACUGGAGGAGUUGUGCCUACAGCUGGACAGCAGUCGUCCGUUCGCGGAGAGGGCAUCGGCGGCGGAGCAGAUUGGCAAAAUCGUCGAGCUUUAUCCUGUGCAGAACAUCUUGAGUCUGUGGUCUAUCGCAAGCGACCUGCUCCUUCCGGAACAGACAGACGAGGUUGCAGAGACAGGGUACAGGUUCCUCAAGAGCUGCGUAGCUCUGCCCAAGCUCACCACAGUUGAGCGUACCGUCUUCUUCGACGCCGCCUCUCUGCGCAAGACCGACAGCUGCUUCGAUAAACGACUCGACAUCGUCGCCACUCUCACCAAACAUGGACGGGACAUCGAGGCCUGCGAGUCUUCCAUUGUUCCGUUCCUGUUGAACUCUUUGGACACUUGUUUCAAAGCCUCUGCCGUCACUCGCAAGGCCAAUGGCAAGCGCAGCAUUGAUGACCCCUCUCAGGAUAUCCUGAACCUGAGUCGCGUGUUCCAGUACGCUAUCGACCUCUGCAAGUUCAACGCCAAGGUCUUCACCGACGACGAUUUAGAGCUUCUCCUCACAAAGACGACGAACAUCUGUCACGCAACAAGCAAAGAAAAUGAUAUGGAAAUGUGCAUCAGGCUGUUUGAUACCAUCAUCACCUAUGUUCACGUCCCUACCAAGGCACUCGGGCCCUGUCUCGGAGUCCUGUGCGCGAUUCACAGACAGAUUGCUCACCUCAAGGAACAGACGUGGAAUACACUGAACAACCUUUUCAGGUCCCAUGUUGGGAGGGCCGCCGUUUCCUCGCUCUUGCAUACUCUUCUAGACGGCCCCACAUGGGACAAUCGACAGUUUAAUGUGUACAAGGGUACUAUACUGAUCCUACAGCUGCUUCUACUCGAAGAUGGACGCAAUGGAUUGCCUAGAGUUCCCAUGUCCCUGCUCUUCCAGGCUCUCAAGGCGUCCAUCAAAGAGCCUCAUCAUACACAGGAAGAGUUCGUCCUCGAUCUGAUAAAUGCGGUCCUCGCAGACGAAAGCACAAGGAAGCUCCUGCUUCGCGAGACUGAUUUGAGUGAUUUGCUAGAGAUUAUACACAUCUGUGCUGAGCGUGACGAUGACCGGUCUCGGGCCAAAGCCGCAGGCACAAACGAAAGUUCAAAUGCUGCGAAGAAGGAUGUAUCUUCGGAGAAGUCGCUUGCAAUUCAUGAAACUGGGUCAUUGAACAUGGAUGGGCGCUUUACUCGAGCCUCUGAUGUUUUCGGGCUUACAUCUCCAGGUGCAAUGGGAUUGCCAGCUUCAGCACCCUUGACAACUGGAGACACUGAUGGCGAUAGCAAACCAGAUGCAGACCGACCGAUUAGCCCUGAACUCAUUCACCGCAACUCGGAGGAUCGCACAUCUCAAGUCUUGUUAAAGUUGGACCGUACAAGCGACAUUAUGGACUUUGUUCACAGAGAAGCUGUUAUGAAGCUCUUCCUGCGUCUUGCUCACCGUCUCAGCGAUGUGGCUGCAGAAAAAAUGAUCCACUACUUUGCAGAAGAACGUUAUCUGAGUCCUUCAAACGGCGAUUGGAUGGAGUCCUGCCGAAAUCUAGUCGCUCGUAUUCUCAAAGACGUAACAAGACCACGCUUCCUGCGGAUUUUGGCAAUUCAGUCUAUGCGGGAAACUUACGAGACAGUGGAAAAGCUAUGUGCCAGCGACACAGUCCUUCAGUGUGGGGCGCUUCUGCUGAAUAGCAUAGAGGGUGAAGAGGAUGUCGAGGUUCUCAGUGAACUUGUUGAUUUUGCAGUGAAAGUCGCUGAUCAAGCGUCGUUUGACAGCUUUUUCGAUAUCAUACAGCUUUUGCAAAAACGAUUAGAUCAUCCACGGACUUCUUCCACGACCUCUUCUCCUCCUUGGUUGUCUCAUUCCUUACCUGGCAGAUCAGACAUGCGUUUUGGAUCGCCCAGCAAUGUUAUUGCCACUGCUUACGUACGACUUUUCACACGGAGUGUGACAAACUCUGCGCAAAAAACACGGGUUUUAUACGAAACCCUACGUGGCAUUGCCGGAAGCGACAAAUACGAAAACGAUGCCCGCCUAGCAUCUAUGAAGUUGUUGUUUCGUCUACGCGCUGACUCCCGUUUUGCGCUCACUGUGAGUGCUUCUUCAGAAGGUGAGAGAAUAGCUGCAGAGCUAUGUCGCACGAAAGAGACCGCCGUUGCAACAGAGAAGACAGAUGAAAGCACAUCAGGCGAUCGAGGCAAGCCUGAAGACGCAUCAUCCUGGCGUGAACAGCGGAAGGUGUCCGGUUCUAGUCCUCACGCGUCUUUGAAUCGACAUACAGGCCGUAUUACUGCUACAGCUAGCCGUGUGCAUAAGCCAGUACCUCCGCUCUGGAUGUAUCCUGGACCCAAGGGUCUGCCAGAGGAGCCUUCACCUGAGUCCAGCCAUGUCGUCUUUGCCCACAUCGACGAGGGAGAGUACCCUCUUAGCGACAGUAUCUUAGAUAUGGAGUUGACUCUAUGGCUAGAGCUCAUCAUAUCCUUGCUCCAAAGGCCUACCGACUGGGAAAUUUAUAGCUACGUGCUUGUUCAUCUUGGACCGCAGUUGUCGAAUCAAGCUUUGGUGCGCAGUUGCGUGGUGCAGCUAAGGAUGUUGAGGAACGUUCUUUGCGAGCAAGUCCGGAACUCGAGCUUCCAUGAGCCUCCACCGCAUACACUUCUCAAAAAAGCAGACGUUGCGGUUUGUUUGUUCCACAUCCUCACCGUCAUUAUCAGUUAUCACGAUCAUUUCACAAAGAGCGAGGAGGACGAUCUGGUCAAAGCUUUUCUCCAGGGAAUCGUGCAAUGGGACAGAACAUCCAAAUGGUGCAUUCACGCGUUAUCGGUUUGUUGCUUUGAGAUCCCCCUUUCCGUUAGCAAGUCGCUUGAUAGCAUCGUUCAGAAGAUGUCUCAGAUUGUUACGAAGCCGGCCACUGCAAUCCAUAUUUUGGAGUUCCUCACAUCCCUGGCACGCCUGCCCGAGCUGUUCAAAAACUUCCGUGAAGAAGAGUUCAAGCUAGUCUUCGGGGUGUGUUUCCGUUACAUGCAACACAUACGCGACCAACGAGAGCGAGCCUCAAAUCCUCAUUUGCUACAAAACGGCCAUCGGACUUUGAGGCCUAGCGGACCUUCUAGAGACUUCUCAGCAUCUUCCGAUUCGAACUCGAAGAAGGCGAGAGUCAUUGAGGAUGAUUUGCCUCACUACCUGUACUCACUCGCUUUUCACGUUAUAACCUUCUGGUUUAUGGCUCUGAAAAUGGAGGACCGUCCAAAACAGAUCCAAUGGAUCACGAAGAACCUUCUUUGUACAGAUAGCUCCGGAAGACAGUUCAUGGAGGAACAGGGUCAGGUCAUUGUGGACAUUAUGGCUUUGGUUGCGUAUACAGAUCGCGACCAGACUGUGCGCGAUGAAAACUUUGCUAAGCCUGGUGACGGCGAGAUUUGGAAAAAGACGUGGAUCCUACCACAUGGCUUGAUGACAAUAGAGACAGCAGCACGGACGGGCGUGUCUCUUGUCACAACACGUCGACCCUGUAGCACCCGAUACCUUACGAUCCAGCCUCUACUCGCACCACCUCCACGUCACCAAGUACCGCUCACCGUCGGGCUUGCAUCUGAAGCUUUCUACUCGUCAUCAUAUGUUGGCAUCCUGCCCGAUGAUAUCUUCCAAACCUUUUAUGCGCCUCUAGAUUUGACGAAUCCUCCCAUACCCUUGCCAGAUGAUGAUAUGACGCGACGUGCCAUGGCUUCGUUCGACCGGAUAGCUACGAUUGAUAGCUACAAAGUAGGCGUCAUAUACAUCGGUGAAGGCCAGACGGACGAAAGGGAAAUAUUUAUGAACGACAUCGGAUCGCCAGCUUACACUUCCUUCAUCAGCGACCUAGGCACACUUCGGCGCCUGAAAGACGCAAAGUUCAACACUGGCGGUCUCGACACACGUGCAAAUAUGGACGGUGAAUUCACAUACUGUUGGCGCGACCGCUGCAUGGAGAUGGUCUUCCACAUCACGACAAUGAUGCCAACGGACCGCAACGACGAGAUGACGUAUCCGAACAAGAAGCGGCACAUUGGCAACGAUCUUGUCAACAUCAUCUUCAACGACUCAGGCCUACCCUACAACUUUGAAACCUUCCCUUCCGCCUUCAACUACGUGCACAUUGUCAUUUCGCCAGAGUCGAAGGCGAGCUUUGUCGAUCGUCGACUGGACGAAGAUCCCGACGGUAAAAACCGAUACUACAAAGUCCAGGUCAUCUCCAGAUCAGACUUCCCCAACAUAUCUCCUGCCGCCGAGCCCAAAAUCCUCUGCGGCAAACAUCUCGCCGCUUACUGUCGCCUAAUCGCCAUCAACUCAUGUGUCUUUUCCAAUGUUUGGUACAUCCGUGAGGGAGGCGAGUCCAUCUCCUCGUGGCGCAAUCGUCUCCGCGAGAUCAAGCGUCUUCGUGAGCGAUACGGUGGGAGCGACUCUCAACCAACUUCCUCGCCAUCGUCCCCCGCAUCAAACCAUGGAAUAUCGAGUCCGCCACCCCGGGAACAGAGCGCAGUAUCGCCGUUUCAACGCAUGAGCGCUACGGCGUUUAUCACCGAGGGGACGAAUCGAAGUUCUGUCAGUAGCGCCUCACAUGAUGUUUGAUGUUGCGCUCUCGGAGCGCUUCUCCGGUGUUCUUGCAUUCACGCCAAAUACCCAUGUUGCUUUUCUAUUUCUACACAUAAAAGUUUGUCAUUUUCUCAAGAAUUGGACAUGUUUGCAUUGCGUGGUGUUUGCUGGGGAACUGGUACCCAGAAAAAGUCUUUGCUGGAAUUUGUAAAUCAGAUGGAGAGUAGAAGAUAAGAUAAUGGAAAUCAUAAUCUGGAC